GAAGUCGAUACUCCAUCUGACAGAAAAGAGGUUAUGUCAUUCAUUAUUUUCUUCAUCCAAAACUUUGUAUCAUUUGUCCAAAUUUUAAUCAUUUUUAGCAAGUUUUCUUAUAGUAUUCACCCCAUAUCAGCCAGAAUAUAGCUAUUUCAAUUAAAUUUAUUUGUAUAUUGAGUGAUCAGUGAAUUGGAGGAUAUUCUUCUUGGGUAAUAUCAAAUGAGACGGUUUGAUAGAAAUCUUUAGGAGAAACAACCUAGCAAGAUGCCUGUAAACGCUCCGUUGACUGUACCAAUAAUUCAUCUAGACCUUCGCCAGGAAGAAACAAUUGUGCAGAUAGCUGUAGCACUUGACUAUCUAAAUGAAGCUGUUGAGAAUAUAUUCCAACAUUUGAAUACAAAAAUAGAAGAUAACCGAAAAGAGCUGAACAAACUCAGGGAGCGGAGAGACAUUGUGGAGGCCAAAGUGAAGAAAUUGGCUGGCACUAAUAAGGCUACUAAGGUUUUCUCUUCAGCAAAAUAUCCAGCCUCGCAUGUGGACCGAGACUACAAAUCGACAUUUGUGCCAAAACCAUCCAAAGUGAAUGAAACACCUGUCAAAAUCAAAAGUUCCAUUGUCAGUCAUAAAAUCGAGGAAAAGAAAAAUCUGUUUCAUGUGAGGGAUGUGAACACCCAAAUGCUGCGGAAAAAUGUGGAACUGAUUCCGGAAAAAGGACUCGGCAGUUUGCCGCGGGAUGUCCAAUACAUCAGUUCGCUGCUGCUUUUCAAUACCAACGAAAAUGUCUACACAGACCAAGUGCUGUCCCACCCUCUGGGCUCCAGUCUGCGGUCGCGGCGGAACCAAGAUGGCGGCGGUGGAGGGGAGGACAAAGGCGGCCUGGAGGAGGCGCCCUCGACGCUGUGCAACCUGGAUGAAGUGGGAGGCCAUCAGAGGGACAGCCGCUACUUCUACGCCCCUGUGCUGCAGCAGGUGCCCACCAUAGAUGUGCCACUUGAUUUGCCUGAUUUGCCAGGUAUCGCAGACGACCUGCACUACAGUUACGACCUUGACAGCUCGGCCACCAUCGCACCCUCCUCCACGAACACCCCCUGUUCCCCUCCUGAAGGUGGAAUGGGAGGAGAAGGAUCGGCUGUGACCUUGGAACUCGACCUUCCCGCACUUUCACUCGCUUCGCCAACAGCUGACGCGUCAGUGACGUCAUCUACGUCAACUGGUGUUUCCGCUCCCCCUCCACCUCCACCACCGCCACCAGCUGAUAUGCCUCCUCCCCCUCCUCCUCCACCAACUUCCCUCCCCUCCAGUGGUCCUCCUCCUCCGCCUCCUCCUCCUCCACCCCCUCCACCCGGUGAUCUGCCGCUGAUAGCUGAUGCACCUGCCGCUAAUGAGAUUGAACGGCCCAAACCAGCAGUAAGCGGUGACCCGAUUGCUAAUCUAAUGGAAGCCAUCAGAAAUGCGGGAGGAUCAGGAAAAGCCAAACUAAAAUCUGUCAAAGAGAGAAAGAUCGAAGCCAAACAGAAAGAAGAGGAUGACAGACCCAGACCACCGGCCGGUAAUCUGAUGGCUGAUCUGCAUGCUAAAUUGUCCAUGAGAAGAAGGGGAAUAUCGGGACAACGAGAUGGGAACGAACCCGCCAUUAUGAAGCUGAUGGCCAAACCGCUGCCGUCACUCAAGGACUCUGAAACUGAGGAUAACUCCGAUUGGGAUGAGUCAUAAAACGUUGAUAUUAAUCUAUAAAACUCAUUCAUCUUCAAGAUGAUUCAUGAGUUAAUUAAUCAAUAAAAUAACCAAAAAUUAUUCAAAGUGAGCUUAGCCUUUGGGAUAGGUUAAGGCCAGUCACUAACAUUACGUUUGGCAAGACAUUUUUCAGCUGUAUAGUCGAAACGUUAGUGCGUUAGUGCAAGUCAAUUCCGACGCAGGUGUGCAAUAUUUAGUGGUUUUGCAGGUUAGUUUUUACAGAAGCCUCUUCGCCUCUCAGUCGAAAAGGCCGGUGAAACUUGGUGGCUGGCUUUAAGAAUUUAGACGAAUUCGAUAAAGAGACAGUUAUUUAUCAAUAAAAGGACCAAAAAAUAAAGAGUGAUCCUAGCCUACUGGUAUGAGUUUUGUGAUAAAGAUAAAAAGGACAGUCUUUCUUUUAAAUUGAAAUUUUCGACUUAUCAAGCCUUUAAAGUGUGUGAAUUAUUGAAAACUGGCAAAACUUGAGAAAUUGUAGAUUAGGAAAGGUCAUUUGUCAUUCCUAUUAGAUUUUAAUUAAUAUUUUAAAAAUAUGUAGCAUGUAUAAUUUAUAUAACUGUUGGAAUUAUAAACUCCAACCCUAGAAAAAGGAUAGCAUAAGCUUAUGCUAUCUUUUCUCUGUGCUCCAACUAUAUUUUAAGAUAACCUUGGAAUCUUAUAUAGAUGGAAUGUAUUGUAAUGUGCUUGUGAUCGUUAGACUUUAUAAAUUAGAGAACAUUAGUGAUUUUAUGUGGUGGCUAUAGCUAUAUUUGUAUGUUGAUUAAACUGUG